AUGGAAAAUCAAACACAAAAUCAAAUAGUGUUAAAUAAAAAUACUGAAUCACCUUUAGAACAAAAUGAACAAACUGUAAUCGGCGACACAACACAAGUAACUGAUUUGCCUGAACAAUUUUCCGAUACAGUGACAGUCACAAAUGAGAAAAAUGUAAAAAAUACAAUUAUUCAAAAUAUAAAUGAAGAUGGUGAUAAAAAAAUUGAAAUAAUCAGUGAUGAAAUUGUAGCGGAAAAUUCAGAAUUAUAUGAAUCACUACAAAAUAAAUUUAAAACUUUUAAAACUGAUUUUAUGUCAAUGAUUGAUGCCUUACAAACCGAAGAUAAACAAAUUACCGAUAGUACUAUGGAUAAAACGAGUUUGAGUAUGUUAGCGGAUUACGGUACUAGUUCAACUGAUGAGAGUAGCACAGAUUCGGAUUCGGAUAGUGAUGCAACUGAUAGUUCAGAAAGUUCCACAGACGAUAGUUGUCCAGUGAUUUCUAAUACAAAUGAUAAUGGGAAUUUUCGAUCAGCUAUAUAUCCAGAUGAUUCAGAUUCAUCAUCAUCAUCAUCUAGUUCAUCCGAUGAUGAAGCGAGCUAUAAUUCUGAUUCUUCAGAUAAUGAAAGCAUCAAAAUUAUUAGUUCAAACGCGAAUGAAAAGAAGAAGUCACCAAUACAACGUAAAAAUAAAAAAACUGAAUUAGAUCUGAAUGAUUUACCACCGAUUGAAAAUUUACAAAUAUCUGUACCAGAAUCUGUUUGUGUUGAACUAGGAAGUGUUGUCAGUAUUGUUGAGGAACAGGUUGUAAUAGCAGCGUUACCAAAUAUGCCUCCAUUGGAUAUCGAUACGGUAUUAUUUUUAAAUAAAGGUGAAGAAACAUUGGGUUUGAUCUUUGAUGUAUUUGGUCCUGUGAAUAAUCCUAUGUAUACAGUACGAUUCAACAACAAAGAAGACAUUUUAAAUAAAAAUGUUAAAGUUGGUAUUCAAGUGUAUUGUGCUCCAACCACUGAACAUACUUCCUAUGUUCUAGUUUCAGAUUUAAUGAAGAUAAAAGGAAGCGAUGCAUCUUGGAAGGAGGAUCAAGAACCACCAGCAAAUUUGUUGGAAUACUCAGAUGAUGAAGAAGAGCGUCGAAUGCGUGCAAAAAGGAAAAAUAAACAAAAUAAUGAUGACGCUACCUCAAAUGAACCAUCGUCUACGAAGCAACUUAGUGAGUUUGAAAAACGUAAAAAUGAACGUAAUUUAUAUUUAAAUGAUCGCUUUAACAACAAAAAGAAAGCAUACAAUCAAAAUACUUCAGUGCGACCGAGAGGAUUUGAUUUCGCAUCAAAAUGGACAGACCACCGUAACCGUACAAAUACUGGUCCCCAAUAUCAUACACCACCACCAUCAUCGUCAGCAUUUCGACCACGACAUUGGUGGGGUGAUGGAUCUCCAGGUCCAUCUAGAUUUGUAAAUCCUGUAUGCCAACCGCAAAUGUAUCCAAUGCCAUAUCAUCCAUACUUUGGUAACAAUACACCUCCCUAUGGACCAGCCUCCAUUCCAUUCCCCUCAACAGCGUCAUCGAACAUAACGACACCUCGACCCGAUUUUAAUUUAUUUUGUGCUCCAUUCCAUUUUCCACAAAGUCAAAUAUUAGCACCGCCACCUCCUCCUCCCCCACCAAAACAAAAUAAUAAUACUACAUCAGAAACAUAAGAAUUUGUUAUUAUUUCAGAAAAUUAUAAUUUAUUUUUAUUAUUAUUGAAUAUAAGAAAUAGUUUUCAUUUUAUUUUUCGUAUAGAAUUUUCUUGUAAGGAUGUAAAAAUUUUUUGUUGUGUUUUAUGUCGAUUGUAUAAACAAGUGUUUAAUAUGUUACGUUUGAAGCCUUGAUAGUGAAUAAAUACUUUGAUUUUCUUACAAA